GUAGUGUGCAAAACUGACCAUCCCUUCCCUCCUCGUGCCUUUUGAACGGAUUCGUUUCUUUCUCUCUCUCCCUGCAACACGCGUACGAAAUAUAACUAAAAAUCUCACAACCCCCAUGAAAUCACGCCGCUUCUUAAUCUUCCUAAACGAUCUUAUUAUCCCCCAUUUUUUCCCAUUAAACUAAACAAUUAUAAACUGUAUUUUGAAGACUUUUUCUUUAUCUAUCUCUCUUUUCUUUGCUUUGGAAGAAAACCAGAAGGCUCCUCUGCCCUGUAAACACUCCUUCACUGCUUCACAAAGUCAAUGCACCUCGCAGCUUUUUCUUUCUCUUUGGAUCUGAGUCUCUGCUAGCUCAGUUGCUGCAGGGCGGCAACUGAUUGAGGUUUUUGCUUAUGUUGUUUCCACUGAAGCAGAGACGUACAAGUGUUGUUUUUGUCUGUUUCAGAUAAUCAUUUGGGAAGACUGAUUAUAAUAUCCCGAGCAUAAUAUGCCUCAAGACAGUCUGAGAUCAGUUGUCUACAGAUCAUUUGUUACCUGUGAUGAUCCAAAGGGAGUCGUAGAGUGUGGAACAAUUAGAAGGUCCAAAAGUGGUUCUGAGAAGAUGGAGCAUAAGAAUGAAGGCCGGAAAGCACGGAACAGAUCAAACCGAUGUGCGGCGCGUAAGGCAGAAAAAGAAGAGUUGGUGACUAAAGGGGCCAUGGAUGAACUACAUAGCUCAUCUUCCUGUCAGCUCUUGGAGGUUUCAAAAGGAGCGCACAAGCUGAAUCAGGUAAUUGACUCAUGGUCCAAAGGGCUAUGGUAUGAUGGGCAUUCAAAAGAUAUUGCCAAAGAUUUGUUGAAAGGAGCUCUUGAUUUGCAAGAAUCUCUACACAUGCUUGGGAAAUUGCAAGAAGCAUCCCAUUAUAUGGCUAGGUUGAAGAAGAAAGAAAAGGAAAAAGGUGAUAGGGUGAUAAAUGAUCAACUGAUUCAGAGAACGAAUUCAAGCGCAGAUGAAGAGCAAAUUCACCCAACUAGAUUCCAAAAUCCACGCCUUUCCACUGAUGGUUCUUCAAGAGAUUGCAUUGAGGAGCUAAGGAAAGUGAUCAGAGACAGCCUAGCUAGGCAAAAUCUAUUGCCAAAUGUAAAUGCUGAAGAAAAGAGAUGCUUCAGUAGAAGAUAUUCGGACUCAGCUUCAGAUAUCCCAUCUACCAGCUCGAGCCAAUCUUCAACGGUUCAAACCGACAACUUUACUUCCAUGGAUUCAUCUAUCUCGUCAGCAGCUCUAGAGAAGAAGGCAAGAGGGCCAAGUUUGAUUGCAAAGCUUAUGGGCCUAGAAGAAAUACCUUCAAAACCAUUGCAGACAAUUUCACACAGAGAGCUGGAUAGCAAGAAGAUUUUCAGUCAACAGAGGCCUAUCUUUGAAAUUGAUAUGCCAAAAGGAAGGAAGUCUCAAUCUGUUUCUCAGAAGGAAGAUCCAGAGAGGAGGACGCUGAAGGACAUCCUUGAGACCAUGCAUUUUAAAGGACUUCUGAAAAGCAACUCCAUUAAACAGAUUAAGUCUGAUUCCCAUCAGUUAAGUGAUUUGUUUUCUGAACAGAUGUUGGUUAAUGAUAGCCCACCUAUUGUACUCAUAAAACCUCGACAUGGUCCACACCUGCAACCACAAGAAAAGUUUGUGCCAGCGUUUCAGGAGGAGAGAAGCUCAAACGCAGAAACUAAGCUCAAAAAACUAAAAGUAAAAGAGGAGCCUCCUUCCGGAAUAAUUGACUCCAAGAAUAGAGGUUUGAACUUCAAGGAUAUGAGCAGAAGAGUGGAAGCAGAAGCGGAAGAAACUCCUGUCAAAAGACUUAGCCAGCAGGAAGGUGCUAAAGACAGCCAAGAGAAAGAGACCAGACCAGCGAAAAAAGAAGUAAAGACUAAACAGAAGCUUUCUACCAAGAUGAAAAGUUCAGGUCCUGUAACUCAGCCAUUGCUGAAGAAAGAGGCAAAUGACAAAAAAAUUGAUAAGAUACCAAAACCUGCAAUAAGCAGCAGGAAAUCAGUUGAGAAGGAGGUUGCAAAAGCAAAGAAUUUAUCAAGGCCUAAAGAUCAAGCUAAGGUUACUACUCCAAAGCCUACUAAGCCUGAAAAUGGAUUGAAUGUUACAAAGAAUAAAGUUUCUAGUCAACGAAGUCCUACAGCUAACUCCCACUCUAAUCGCACACCACAAGCUGUAGUUCGUGGUCCUGGUGAUCGGAAAAAGAGUCCAGCAAAAAAGGAAAAGGCAGUGAGCAAGGCUCCAGCAGCUAAAAUAACUGCUGAGAAAUUAGAAUGCAAAGGAGGUGACAAGAGGAUUGAUCUUAUAUCUGAAAAAGAUACUGUUUUGGAAGGCUAUAGCACUGAAACUGCAGAUCAAAUUCCUACGAAGGAGGCAACAGAACACAGUGAUAUUCAGAUUGGAGAACACCACGAUAAGAGCGAGAGUUCUGUUAGUGAUGUUAUUCCGGUGACUACUGGUGACCAAAACAACAUUGUACCCAUUGGAGAAGUUGAUGAUGACCCUAUCAUUCCAAUUGGAACCGGCAAUGAAAGCUUCAUGAUAGGGACCAGUCUAAAAGCUUUGCUAUUGAGCAGUCCAGCUUUUCUCAAUCAUGCAGAGAAGCUUUUUAAUCUUAAUGUGAAUGUCCCUACAACUCCACAAAAAUUUGGCAUCAGUGACUUUACAGAUGCCAACGCACAUCUCUCGUUGGAUUGUGCAAAUGAAAUUGUUGAACGAAGAAGCUUUCCCGAUGCUCGAAUGGUCUACCAUCCGAUAUUAACCCUGGUUGGAAAUUUCAAGAGUUAUAUCUGUCUAGAUCAUUUGUUAAAGGAAACUUGUGAUGGGGUUGAGGCUCUGAGAAGCUAUAGUGAACUUGCUGGUGAGAACUAUCCUACUGAUACUCUUUAUGCAAUGCUGGAAAGAGACAUAAAGCGCAGUGAAGUCCUAAGUGCAAUAUGGGACUUGGGUUGGAGGAAAGGAUUUUCUGUGGAUGACACAAUGCAAGUAGUUGUUGACAUAGAGAAGCAACUAUUGAGCGGGUUAAUUGAGGAGAUUUGUGCCUAAGUUCUGCUUUACCAACUUGUUAAAUGGUUCAACAAAUGCACAGCUUCAAGAAGUCAGUGUUGGAGCACCGUAAAUAAGCUUUUCUUUGUUUGACAAAAGGAGGCAGAGUUGGAAGUCUUAGCCAUAUAUCUCGGAUUCAAAAUUAAAUUUCAAAUGUGAAAUUUUCGUUGCUAUUAGUGACGCAUGUAAAUUGAGAUUCCUGGCACCUCAGUGUAUUGAUAUCUAGAUAAAUUGAAAUCUGUACAUAACCCAAGUCUUUUCUUC